AUGCCAAACACUACUUCAACUUCACAAGUUGCACAUAUGAUGACUAUGACAAUAAAUACUCCAAAUAUCCCUUCAAUUUAUUACUUAUCUCCAUCUGGAUUCAAAGUACAUAAUCCAAAUCUUGUAGACUCUAAUAUUCCAGAAAUGACUCUCUUACCUGAAAAAGAAUUAAUAAACACAUUAUCAAUUCACUCAUACAAUACCAACUGGAUUCAAGAAGAUAUGUAUAAUAUACGUACAAUGGAUUGUGUUAAGUUGAUUGAAUUUCAAGA